CACAGGGAGUGUCUCAGGUUUCCAACACUUCCCAGCUUGUUGAGUAAAGUAAUAAUUAACAGCUCCCCGGACCUGCAUAAACUAUCCGGACAUCUGUCAGGCAGAGUGUAAUGCUGUCAUGCUUCUCCAACGGCUGAGUAAGAGGGCAUGCAAAAGUCCUCCAUUACUUCUCAUUUCCUUUUGAUCCUACAAAGUUCCAUCUAGUCUGAGUAAAUGAAGAAAGUGACCAUGAAAUCACAACAUCCACCAUCUGCUUUUGCCAUCCAUGAGAAGUACAUUACCAGAGACCAACUUCAUUCUUUACUGAAGACAUACAACUCUUUUUAUACUGAUCAAGAGAAUCUGCAACUUUCAUAUAAUCAGCCAGAAGGCAGCAAGCCCACUGUUGAAGGAAUCCUGUCUAUCUUUUGGGGAGUACGGCAUCCCAUCCGGUUGAAAAUUCAAGAUGAGAAGCAGAUUCCGUCUUUUUUAACUAUGAAGUCACCAGAGCGUGAGGGUUUAUUUCCUACCAAAAGGGGGAUGACACGCUGGGGAGAGUUUGAUAAUCUGUAUCACAUUGGCGAAGAGACACUAAAUACUUCUGAACAGGAGAUAAACCAUGAGAAAGGUUACUCAUCUUAUAAAAACAGCACUCUGAAGCCAAUGAGGAAACAGGAGUUUGACUCCCCUUCCCUGCCAAGAACCAUGAGUGAUGCUGCACUAGUGAGGAAGAAGACAAAGCAUAUCACAAUAGCAAGAGAAGAUUUGGAAAGUCACAGGUUCUGCAUUAAUGGACAUUUCUACAAUUAUGAGACAUCAGUUUUCAUUCCAGCUUUUGGAUCAGAAACUAAAAUAAGAAUAAACAGCAACAUGAAAACAGGGGAGGUGAUAGAACAACUGCUUCAUAAAUUUAAGAUUGAAAACAGCCCACAUGAAUUUGCCUUAUACAUUAUCCAUGCCUCAGGAGAAAAGAAACAGCUCAAGAACACAGACAUUCCACUGUUGGAGAGAAUCUUGCAGGGACCUUCAGAAAAAAUUGCCCAAUUUUUUCUCAUGGACCAGGAUGCAGAAGAAGUCAGCAGUGAUGUUGCUCAGUACAUUAAGUUUAAUCUAUCCUUUUUGGAAUCAAUUCUGUGCAGACUAAAUGAAGAGGAAGAACUGGAGAUUCAACAGACUAUGUCAAAAUACCUUAAAGCGAAGACUCUAUUAACUCAGCACCUUCACACUAGAACUGUAAAAAAAACAGAGACUACUGUAUAGCAUUGUGCUUCUAAUAAAACGCUUCAUCUAAGCCAAAGGAGAUUUGAUAUUCUGUCCCUAACGAUCCUGGAAAUAUUAAGAAGACUGUGCCAUUACAGAAGUCUACAACAUAUGGGCCUGUAAAGCAUUGAUGGUUGUGGCUGGUUACUGUACAGCUGGGAUUGAAAGAAACUCUACUGCAGUUUCAGAGCAGGAGUGGAGAGCAGCAGGAAAAAAAUGUGUUGUCAUCUUCAAGCUGCAAAUCUGACAUGAAACGUCAGCAAAGAGAAAUUUUCAUGAAAAGAAUAAAGGUUUGAAAACCUAUUCACUUGCAAUCCACAAGCCAGGAUAUUGUGAAUAUAUAUAAGCAUUUCCAUCAUCCCACUGCGUUAAGAACGGCACAGGAAACCAGAAGUAAAGUCAUAUGUUGUUUUUUUACAUUCUGAGUUUAGGGAAGCUCUUUAAUGGAUUGAAGGGUCAGAUGUACAAAGGUGCAGAUAGGCCACAAAUGGAAUUUACUAAAACCUCUAAGAAGGUGAGGCACCUAAAUCCUAUGAAAAGUAGAUGGCAGUUUGGCAUCUAACUCACUGAUCUUUGUAAAUCAACCCUGUAGUGUUAAAAUUUGAAUACAAAUUGGAAAAGUCUUCUCCACUCACAGUUUAUAGCUAUAUACUUAUAAAUUAGCAAGACAAAGCAAUUUUUUUUGGUGAAGCACUUUAUCAGUUCCUGUAUAACGAGCUUUCUCUAUAUAUUAUUUCAUUUG